AUGUGCUGGAGGCACACCUCCGUAUUCCCAUGGCAGGAUGCGACGCUGGCCCCAUGGAAUCCCGAUCCGCUGCUCCCUUGGCUGCCAGAAAUGUUCCCGUGGAAAUUGAAUCCGCUGUUGCUCAUAUGGCAACCAGAUCCACCGCUGCUCCCGUGGCUAACGGAUCCGCCACUGUCUGCGUGGCUACCGGAUCCGCCACUGCUUGUGUGGCUACCGGAUCCGCCACCGCUCCCGGGGCUAGCAGGUUUGCCACCUCUCCCACGGCUACUGGAUCCGCCACCUCUCCCGGGGCUACCGGAUCCGCCGCCUCUCCCGGAGCUACCGGAUCCGCCGCCUCUCCCGGGGCUAGCGGGUCUGCCAAUGCCCCAGACACAACGGGAUUCCCCGCUGUGCUGGGAGGACGGUUCCUCGUCCUGGCGGGAGGACAUGGUUGGAGACCUGCUGGGAAAACUCAUCGGAAACUGCCUGGAGUGGGAACGAGGAGCCACCAGGUGGAACCACCCCGGAGCCUUCGUGAGGCCGCUGCAAACCCAGCUCUGGCCACCAGAAGGACCAGGAGCCACUCAGAGGGACGAAGAAGAAAAACCACGGAUGCGAGGGGGGCUUGAACCAGCAUUUUUUAUUGCCUCCACAUCUGCUGUGAAAUGAGGUGAAAAGCAUUUUAAAUUUCACAGCAUCAGUGGGUCACAACUUCAGAGCGCGUUACAAGCAGAGGGACAGAGAGAGAUGGGUGACAAAGCAGGACAAGGAGGGGGGACA